AUGCGGCCGCAAGCGCCCGUAACCGUCUUGGCCAGCGACCACAACCAUCAGUUCCAGCCACCUCAAGGGAAAUCUGAGCAACAUGCCUCCAAGUCGCAGUGGAAACGAAAGGCGUUCACAGAGAAGCGAGCGAUGGUCCAGCCUCUCCCACGUCCCGCCAUCCUGCUCUCGCCUCUCGCUCGCCCGUUCACGGCAUCGCCUCUGCGCGCACCGCGCGGCGUCCAAGUCCCCACGCCGCCGCCGUCGCCUGACAACAUCGUCACGCCUCUUGGCCUGCCGAUUCAGCUCCUCGCACCGCCUGGUGCCGCUGCCAUGAGGCGUCGGGUCAUAGAACCGCAUGAGUCCGCGGUGCUCGCCAAUCCCCUCGAGCUGCCGCCUGUCGAAAGCGACCGGGCCCCGACCACUCCUCGGUCCAGAAGGCUCGCGUCACUCAGGCCGCGUAAGCCCAGGCACAUAUUGAUGCGCCUUGACGACGGCGGCUACUUGGAGGCAUUUGCUUUGGGGGACCCCGCUAAAGGUCCAUACUACUGCCAGUCUGACUCCUUCGAAGACGGUCCGGCGCCCUUAAACCAGGGCCCUAUUUUUCAGGUGGGCAAAAACCUGCUUUGGGACGUCGAGGCCAUCGUCGGCCAUCGGGUUGUCAGGCGCGGCAACAAGCGUACGUUCAAAAUCCUGGUGAAAUGGGCGGGCUGGGUCGACCCGACGUGGGUCCCUCUUUCGUACGUAGCAAAGCUCCCGUUGUUUGAAGAGUACUGGCAGGGGAGGGGGGCUUACGCGAUCAAGCUCGAAAAGGGGUGCACCGUCUUUAGAAAGGCGUGCCGGUCGGUCAGCUGGGGCGUCCCCGUUGGCAACGCAUAUGUCGAGUCGCACUUUGAGGAGUGCCUCCCACAGCUGCGCAAGGUGAUCACCUGGGUGAAAGAGGGCGACUGGAGGAAGUUCGCAGCCUUCAAGUUUGCGGGCCCGGAGCUGUCGAAACUCACUGCCCGGGACGACAAGGUCGUCCUCGUCGGUGACUUGUCGCACACCCUGUCGGGUGCCUUCGACUCGGGUGCAGGCUUUGCCAUGGAGGACGGCUGA